CGCAGUCCGUGAGGCGCGGGCGGGGGUCGAGGCGGGGCCGCGAUUGUGACUCACCUGGGGGCACCUGUGCGCUCACCCAGCGCCGGCGCUGGUGUUAAGCUUGGGGGCGCCCUGCAUCAGAGAGGAGCCGGGAGGGACCGCUGCGCUCACGCUCUGUCCCCUAAGCUGGUUCCGCCUGAUUGACCCUUGGGGCGCUCUCUGCCUUCCCACUUUCCAGUGUGCUCAGGUGGGACUUGGCUUAGCGCCCACUGGGAAGAACGGCUGCACGUGGGGUCCCAGGCCCUCAGCUGGUCUGGUAGAGGGGCUGAGCCGGGGAAAGUUCCUCGGGCUCUGGAGCAGGGCCCUGGGCAUCGUGUCCCCACUCCUCCCAGUGACCACCAACACAGGAGCGUCCACUUUCAACAGAGCUUGGAGGCCCGGCUCCAGCGCGGAGGAGCCUGUUGGUCAGGGCGGGCCUGAGGAAAAGAAUAGCCCCCUUGUGUGGGAACUUGCCGGAGCUCCUUUCCCAUUUCUGCUCCCAGAGGGUCUCCACCCUGACUGCGGUCCAAGGGAGUGGCUAAGACUAGGGGGAGGGACUGAGGUGUGGACAGCAAGCCUUGGACCCUGGGGGUGAUAGCCUGGGAUCCCCAGAGCCUCCAGUGUUUGGGCUGGUGGGCUGGGAGGACUGUCAUGACCCUGUCCACUCAGCAGACCCUCUGGGCAGUGGGCUGCUCAGCCAAUGCUGCCUAGGGCUUCUGUCUUGACUGCUCCCCCUUCUCUGAAACAUUGCUCCUCAGAUUUCUUUUGAGGGCUGUGCCUUCUGGUUUCUGAGCUUGGCACAGCUUGAAAUGAAAGGCAUUUUCCCCUGAGGAUCGUGCUCCUGAUUAAAUUGCUCCAUUGGAUACUGCCAUCCUUUUCUGCAUUCCAGUGAUCUGCCCCGGGUGAGGGGUCACUGUUGGGGUAGUGUGUGGAGAUGGAACACUCAGGUCUGGCAGUGUUGGUGCCUAGGUGGCCUGGCUCAGCCCCUCACCUCCUCUUAGGUCUGCUGAGGGGUAUGCAGCUUUGUGGCCCUGACUUUCGGGAUCUGUGGGUGGGCAGGGUCUCUCGCAGGUGCCUGUUCUUGUCUGGAGGAUAUGGGGCCGAGGGACCUUCACUGGGAUUCCCAGGACAGGCUCCAGGACUUUCCCCUCUUCUUGCCCAACCCUAUGGAGGGGGUGUGGGGCAGGGCAGGGUUGCAUGUUGCCAUCCCUCUUCACCCCUCCUGAUGUCACAUCUGGCUCAGACCACCAUGCUAGCUGCCUGGUAUGUUUACUUAGAUAACACUGUGGGCAUCUUGGGCGGGGUGAUUGGACUGCAGAGUCCUUGGAGAGGCCCAGAAGGGCUAUGUGGCCCUAGGGAUUGGGGAUUGGGUGUUAGGGCAACAUUGAGCAGAUCUUAUCUCUUGUAUACUUGCCAAAACUUCACCAGAGGAUUCCGAGUGUCCUCAGGCUGGUACUCCAGGACCAGAGAGGCCUGAGGUCUUUACCCCUGACAGGUCAGGGAGCUGUAUACUGCAGGGUGACCUCCCCUGCAUGCCCUUCUCAGAGCCUGAUAUCCAGCUGGCUGAUUGUUUCCCCUGGACAGCAUGGUCCUGGGGGCCGUCCUGGCCAUGUUAUGGUUCUGCCCUAGGGCCUGUAGCACUUCAGGUGACAGCCUAGUGGGUGGGACUUGGUGACCAGCAGAUACCUGGCAAGCUUGGAGCCUGCCCUGCCCAGCCACCCAUGCCCUGCUCCUCUGGAUGGAGCUUAGACUGGCUCUGCCAGCAGACUGUUACCUUUUCUCUAGGUGUCACUAUGGGAGGGGCGAGGAGGAUGGCAAGAGAGUUCAUUGAUCACCUCAAUCCCUCAUCCCUCUCUUCAAGGGGCCUGGGCCUACUGCCAGGGUGGUCUGAGCUUUCCCAGUUGAGGCAGAGGAAGGCUUCUAGGUGGGCUGGGUGGGGAGCACCCAGCUCAGAGAAUGAGGCCAAGCCCUUUUGUAUUCACAAAACAUUUCUUCCUGAAACGCUUUGCUGUUCAUUAACCUCAGAGGGAGGUGCUGCCUGUCCACUUUGGCCCACCCACAAGGAAGCUGGGACCUAGAGAGGGGAAGGGCUGCCCAAGGUCACACAGUGCAUGAGGCUGCAUGGGGGCUGGUGCUGAAAGUCUGAGAAUGUGGCAGGGUCAUAGGCCAUGGGGAUACCUGGUCUGAGAGCCUUGGGCAGUGUGUCUCCUGUGGGCUCCUGUUUUCCCCUGUACUAUGAGGCAUGGAUGUGUACUCUAAGGGCAGGUAGGAGCCUCAACCAUUUUGAGCAUAGGGGCCAGCUGUCCCCUUGUCUCCAGGGCUGUCCAGGCUUCUGGCAUGGGGUCCCCUCUCCCACCUAGAGUCUCUCCUAGGUUAAGGGGGAACUUGGGCUCUGGUCUGGCCCUGUCCCAUGUCCUCACAGGUGAGAGCAGGCAACCAGCCCCCACAUCUGAGCCUCUUUACCUGUCCAGUGGAGGGGCCUUCACAGCUACUGGAAGCUCAAAGGGGAAGAGAAAAGGAGUGUGUCCUGGUAUCCAGCACCUGGGGCAGAUACGUGGCACUUGUGUCUGAGCACUUCUCACAGGCCCCGCAGAGGCUGUCCUUCUACAGCUGGUAUGGCAGCGCCAGGCUCUUCCGCUUCCACGUGCCCCCGGACACCGUGCUGCUGCACUGGCUGCUGCAAGUUUCACGGGGCAGCGGCCCCACAUGCACUGAUGUGGAGAUCACCGUGUACUUCCGCUAUGGCGCUCCUCCAGUCAUCAACCCGCUGGGCACCAGAUUCCCAGACAAUACCUCAGUGCAGCCCUCCUUCCAUGUCAGCAUGCCACUGAGCACCAUGUUGCUAAGCAACACCUCUGUCAACGUCUCCCACCCAGCACCUGGGGACUGGUUUGUGGCUGCUCAUCUUCCCCCCUCAUCCCAGAAGAUCCAGGUGAAGGGCUUUGUUCCCACCUGUGCUUACAUCUUCCAGCCUGACAUGCUGGUCAUACGUGUGGUUAAGACCUCCAUUGUGGAACCUGAUAUGCCUCUUCCACAGACUCUCCUCUCCCACCCCAGCUACCUCAAGAUCUUUGUCCCCGAGUACACACAGGAGCUACAAUUGGAGCUGCAGGGCUGUGCAUCCAAUGGGAGCCUGGGCUGCCCUGUGCGUCUCACUGUGGGCUCAGUCACCCUACCUAACAACUUCCAGAAGGUGCUCACCUGCACCAGCCUCACCUGGCCCUGCCGCUUGCUGCUGCCCUCACCGCCCUGGGACCGGUGGCUACAAGUGAUGGCUGAGAACCUGGCAGGGUCCCAUGAAGCAGUAGCUUUCAGUGCUGUAGCUGCCCUUACAGCUUGUAGGCCAUGGAGUAUGACCUUCUCCCACCUUCUGCAAAGCAGACAAAACCAGACCUACAACACCUCCAUUGGACAGCAGUCCCUGAGCCCCUGCCACCGGGACCUGGGCAGGAGCAGUGGGUGGAGCAGUAGCCCCUUCUGCCUCUUGAGCUACCCGAUCAUUCGAGAGGACAUGGAUGUGGUAUCUGUGCGCUUCCAGCCCCUGGACAGGAUCUUGGUGACAGUGCAUUUGAACACACCCUCCAUGAUGCAGCUCCGCCUCAACACAGGCAUGGACAGUGGGGGUUCCCUCACCAUCUCCCUGAGGACCAACAAGACAGAGAUUACAAACGAUACCUUGGUGGUGGCCUGUGUGAAUGCUGCCUCACCCUUCCUCAGCUUCAACACCUCGCACAACUGCACCACAGCCUUCUUCCAGGGCUACCCCCUGUCUCUGAGUGCCUCAUCCCUCAGGGCCAAUCUCAUCAUCCCCUACCCAGAGACAGACAACUGGUACCUCUCCCUGCAGCUGGUGUGCCUCAGGAGUCCACAGGGCUGUGAGGAGACUGUAGUCCAUGUGGAGACCACCUUGCACCUGGUGCCCUGUUUGAACGACUGUGGCCCCUAUGGGCAGUGCCUCCUGCUUCGCAGACAUAGCUACCUUUAUGCAGGAUGCAGCUGCAAGGCAGGCUGGCGUGGGUGGAGCUGUACUGACAACACCACUGCCCAGACCGUGGCACAGCAGAGGGCAGCCGCACUGCUGCUGACACUCAGCAACCUCAUGUUCCUGGCUCCCAUUGCCAUCUGUGUACACCGCUUCUUUCUUGUGGAGGCCUCUGUCUAUGCCUACACCAUGUUCUUCUCCACGUUCUACCAUGCCUGUGACCAGCCAGGCAAGGCAGUGCUCUGCAUCCUCAACUAUGACACACUGCAGUACUGUGACUUCUUGGGCUCCGGGGUGUCCAUCUGGGUCACCAUUCUCUGCAUGGCACGGCUGAAGACUGUCCUGAAACAUGUUCUGUUUCUCCUGGGCACACUGGUCAUCGCCAUGUCCUUGCAGCUGGACCGCAGGGGGGCCUGGAACAUUAUGGGGCCCUGCCUCUUUGCCUUUGUGAUCAUGGCCUCUAUGUGGGUAUACCGCUGUGGGCACCGGCGCCAAUGCUACCCCAGUUCAUGGCAGCGCUGGGUCUUCUACCUCCUGCCUGGCAUCUCCAUGGCCACUGUAGGCAUCACUAUCUACACUUCCUUAAUGACCGCUGACAACUAUUACUACACCCACAGCAUCUGGCACAUGCUGCUGGCAGGGAGUGCGGCGUUACUAUUGCCACCACGGGAGAAGCACACAGAGCCCUGGACCUGCUGGCAGAGGCUCCCCUGCCACUAUCAGAUCUGCAGGAACAAUCGGGAUGAGCUCUACACGGUGACAUGAUGCCAACUCAGGGACCCCUGCUCUCUGCUGACCUCUUCAGCCAGGAGCAGGGUCAAGUAGCGGACCCCUGUUCAGCCCCCUUCCAAUCGAUAUCCAGUUGAAUAAAAUUGGCCUUAGCACCCUCUUCCUUCCUCCUCCCCAGAAGAGGCCCUCUGGCUGACUGGCCAGCUGCUGUGGUGGCCCCGGAUGCCCUGUGCAAUGUGGGGCUCUACUUUGCUGACCUGUGGUUGGUUAGGGAUGUGAAGAAAGAAUCCUCACUGCUCUGCUUCUUUGUGAUAUGCUAUGAUAUGAGAUCUAUAGGACUAGAAGGCCUGAGUCCACCUCUGAGGCUAAGAGCUGUGCCCUUCUGGCACUAUCACCCCAAAUGCCAUCCUGUCUUGAGCACAGAGCUCCCCUGCUGCUGCAGUGGCCAUGGAGAGAAGCUGGUGUCCACUGCCCUCUACUUUGCUCUGGCUCUUGGAGGAAGGGGCUGCAGGGCUGAGUGGGGUUCUCCCCUCAGUUUUGGGGGCUUCUUUUCCCUGCCCCUGUCCAGGAUGUGGCCUUCCUCCCUGGAGGCCUCCCUUCACCCCUAGCCACCCUGCCUUUGGCCACCAAAGCAACCUCUAGUCUUGUAAAGGGGAAACAUGUAUUUGUGGGUAAAACAUUUUAAGAUAUAUUUUUAUGUAGAUCUGAUUUCGCUGUGACUGGUGAAUUCUAUAUUCAGCACUGAUUUUUCAAGCUAAACUAGGCCCCCUGAGAUGGGGCCCAGGAUAACAAGCCCCGCCGCGCCCGAGCAGCGCGCUGCCGGUAGCGCUU